AGCGGUGCGUCGCUGGGCGGUUACGUGUGGUGCGCGGGGGCGCGGGUUGCGUGUGGCGCGGGGCGGGGCGCGGCUGGUGCGCCUCAGGAGCGAUGGCGGCGGCCUGAACUCACCUAGUACGGCUGCGGCGUUCGGGCCUGGUCAGGGUCGGGAUUCUAUUUGCAGGUCUGGACUGGGCCGUGACCUCUGGGCUCGCUAUUCCAGCCUGGUGUAUCUUCUGGAUCCAUGGCCAGCUACUGGCUCCUGCAGACCGGAUGAAGCAGACUAGAGACACAAGUGGAGAAAGCUGCCAGCUGGCAAAUUCUCAGAGUGUGGCCCUCUGGCUACUGGCCCUGCCCAGCCUGCCUCAUGGAGAGGAUGAACUGGUUGAGCAGAUUGGCCUCCCGGGGCCCUGGGCACCGUGUACCUCAGGGGUCCAGUCUGCAGGCCCCUGUCAUGGCUGACCCUGAGACCUGCCUCAUGGUCUUCAAGAAUCACUGGUCCCAGGUAGUGCGAAUCCUGGAGCGGCAAGGCCCUCGGGCAGCUUCUGGGGGUGCAGAUGAUCUCAGUGCUGUACGCAACCACACUUACCAGAUGUUGACGCUGCUGGUAGAAGAUCGUGUGGUCCCCUCAGCCCCCACGACCCCUGGGCCCUUGCUGGAGUUCGCUUUGCGUGAGGACCUGCUAACCCGUGUGUUGGUUUGGCAGCUUCAAUGGGAUGAGCUUGGGGAUGGGGUUGAGGAACGGCGGGCUGAGCAACUGAAGCUGUUUGAGAUGCUAGUGAGUGAAGCUCGCCAGCCACUGUUGCGACACGGUCCAGUUCGUGAGGCUCUGCUGACCUUGUUGGAUGCCUGUGGCCGUCCUGUGCCCAGUAGCCCAGCACUGGAUGAAGGCCUGGUGCUACUUCUCAGCCAGCUGUGUGUGUGUCUGGCCCGGGAACCUUCAUUGCUCGAGUUCUUCCUGCAGCCACCUCCUGAGCCUGGAGCUGCCCCCCGCCUUCUCCUCUUUUCUCGCCUUGUUCCCUUCGUCCAUCGGGAGGGCACGCUGGGCCAGCAGGCCCGUGAUGCCCUACUCCUGCUCAUGGCUCUGUCGGCCGGGAGUCCCACUGUGGGCCGCUACAUUGCAGAUCACUCUUACUUCUGCCCGGUGCUGGCCACAGGGCUGAGUGCCCUGUACUCCUCACUGCCCCGCAAGAUUGAGGUUCCAGGGGAUGAUUGGCACUGCCUGCGACGGGAGGAUUGGCUGGGAGUGCCAGCCCUUGCGCUCUUCAUGAGUUCCCUAGAAUUCUGCAAUGCAGUCAUUCAGGUGGCUCACCCUUUGGUGCAGAAGCAGCUAGUUGAUUAUAUCCAUAAUGGGUUCUUGGUGCCUGUCAUGGGCCCUGCCCUGCAUAAGACCUCUGUGGAGGAGAUGAUCGCCAGUACCGCCUAUCUGGAGCUUUUCCUACGGAGUAUCUCAGAGCCUGCUUUGCUCCGUACCUUCCUGCGAUUCCUGCUGUUACACCGGCAUGACACUCACACCAUCCUUGACACCCUCGUUGCCCGUAUUGGCAGCAACUCCCGGGUAUGGCCCCUACCUCUGUCCUGGCUUACCUGGCUCUGCAUGGUCUCUCUGAGUCUCUUCAGGACCCUACUGAACCUCAGCUGUGAGGAUGUCCUGCUGCAGCUGGUUCUCAGGUAUCUCGUCCCGUGUAACCAUGUGAUGCUGAGCCAGAAGCCAGCUGUACGUGAUGUGGACCUAUAUGGACGAGCUGCAGACAAGUUUCUCUCCCUUAUCCCACGCUGUUGUCGGCAUCGUGCCCCUAGCCCACCCCGUCCAGAGCAUGCCUCAUGGGCACGAGGUGGGCCUAGCAGAGAGGCAGGGAGAAGGGAGGACACAACGGGCCCUGGAAGCCCAAGUGUUGACUCCUCUUCUGUGGUGACAGUGCCCCGGCCCUCCACACCGUCUCGUCUGGCCCUCUUCCUGCGACAGCAGAGUCUGGGUGGCUCGGAAUCCCCAGCUCCAGCCCCUCGCUCACCAGGGCUUGCUGCAUCCCCAGCCUCCAGCCCUGGCCGACGGCCCAGCCCUGUGGAGGAGCCUGGUGAGCUGGAAGACAAUUACCUGGAGUAUCUGCGUGAGGCGCGCCGUGGUGUGGACCGGUGUGUCCGAGCCUGCCGUACCUGGUCUGCCCCCUAUGAUGGCGAGCGGCCCCCUCCUGAGCCUAGUCCUGUUGGCUCCCGGACUAAGAAACGCAGCCUACUGCCUGAGGAGGACAGGGACAAUGUGGGGGAAGGGGAGGAGGAAGAGCUGGGGAGUGGAGGGCUUUCUGGGGGUACAGGGGAGGGCCCUGGCCACCUGCCCCCUCCCCAGCUCAAUGGGGUGCCAGGACCAUGGCCUGAGGGGGCCAAGAAGGUUCGUCGGGUGCCUCAGGAGGGGGCUGGGGAACUGCUAGAGAGCACCUCCGAGGGCAUGGCAGGACUAGAGGGCUUUGGGCAGGAGCUCCGGGAACUGGAGGUGGCAUUAAGCAAUGGGGGGGCUGGCUCAGAACCCCCGCUAGAGCCUCCACUACCUCUUGAGGAGGAGGAGGCCUAUGAGAGCUUCAUCUGUCCCCCUGAGCCCCCCGGCCCCUUCCUCAGCAGCCCAUUGCGGACGCUCAACCAGCUGCCAAGCCAGCCCUUCACUGGCCCCUUCAUGGCUGUGCUCUUUGCCAAACUCGAGAACAUGCUGCAGAACUCCGUCUAUGUCAACUUCCUGCUGACGGGGCUGGUGGCCCAGCUGGCCUGUCACCCCCAGCCCCUGCUCCGCUCUUUCCUGCUCAACACCAACAUGGUCUUCCAGCCCAGUGUCAAGUCCCUGCUGCAGGUGCUGGGUUCUGUGAAGAAUAAAAUUGAGAGCUUUGCGGCCUCCCAGGAGGACUUCCCAGCACUGCUAUCCAAAGCCAAGAAGUACCUCAUUGCCCGUGGCAAGUUGGACUGGGCCGAGGGCCCUGCAGCAGGACCUACCCCCCGCCGCUCCGAUCCCCUAGUGAAGAGCCGGAGGCCAUCCUUGGGGGAGUUGCUCCUGCGGCAUGCACACAGUCCAACCAGGGCCCGGCAGGCGGCACAGUUGGUUCUUCAGCCUGGGAGAGACGGCGCAGGACUUGGCCUAGGUGGGGGCUCCCCUGGGGCUUCAACUCCGGUUCUACCCCCUCGGGGUGGGGCCCCUGAGCGCCAAGAGAUCUCAACCUGGUGUUUGCUGGAGAAGAAGAGUGUUUUUUCCUCAGAGAAGAACCACUCUGGAGAGCCUUUCUAGUAGCUACUCUCUGACUCUGCCUCUUAUCUGUCUAAAGAGUCUUCUCUUGAGUCCCUUUUGAGAGUCUCCUGCAUGCCUAGGAAGACCACUUCUGUAUGGGGAGCAUCCUUUCCUAUGCUGGCCCAGCAUGUAGAGCUGUCCCAUAAAGUCGGUCAUCGUCUGAGCUGGCUGAGGUAUGAAUAUGAGGCACAGGGAAUGGUCCUACAUGAUGUUACUGGCCUCAGGGUAGGUUAGAGCUAAGGGUAUAUAUAUAUGGGUGCUCGGUCUUUAAACAAAGGUUUGGCUCUGGGCAUGGGACUGCGCUCCAGGAGAGGAAUUAAUAUCAAAUAUCCCAUGUUAGAAGCUAUGCCAAACACUCUGAAUCUGUUAUGUUGGUUAAUCCUUUUAGUAACCUCUUGAAGUAGGUACUAUUAUUUCCUCAUUUUACAAGUGAAUUAAAAGGCUCAGAGAGGUUAAGUAAAUUAGUGCAAGGGAUACACUGAGUUAAUGGAGGAUCUGGGAUUCAAGCCUAAGUCAGCCUGAUUCCAGCUUUUUUUUUUUUUUUAAGUUUUUUUUUUUUAAAUGUUUAUUUAUUUUUGAGACAGAGAGAGACAGAGCAUGAACAGGGGAGGGUCAGAGAGAGGGAGACACAGAAUCUGAAACAGGCUCCAGGCUCUGAGCCGUCAGCACAGAGCCUGACGCGGGGCUCGAACUCACGGACCGUGAGAUCAUGACCUGAGCUGAAGUCGGACACUCAACCGACAGAGCCACCCAGGCGCCCCUGAUUCCAGCUUUUAAAUUAAAAUUUAAAUGGUAGUCCCUUUUUGGUGAAGGGAGAAACUGCUGUGUUCCUUCUGCUCUCGAGUGUGUGGUGGGAGGGUGCCUGCCCAGUGAAUGUUCAAAGUGGUGUAGUGAAAAGGAAGUGGGCAAGGUGAGAGAAAUGCUUCAGAGACCAAACCAGAAACCCCAGGCUCCUUGUCAGGACAAGCACAACCAAAUCUCUUCCUCUAGUGCCCUCUUAGCCCUAUGCCAGGAGGGAUUAUCUGGUAUAGCAUAGUUGGCACCUCUGUUCCCUCCAGAAGGGAAUCCUGAGUGAGGUAGACAGCAGUGGGGAGAGAGACAUACACUAGGACAAGGCACACAGAUGUGGGGCAAUACAGACAGUGCAGGGAGGUAGAGAUGCAGAGGUCCGGAGACAGGAGUUACUGAUAAACACGGGUAUCCAGAUCCUGAUGGGGUUCCAGAAUGAGAAGGGGGUGGAGGGUAGGGAUAGGGAUGAUGGGCUGUUGGUGAAAUGUGAUGAGAAUCUCAGAUUCUCAUCAGGGGGGCUCAGAGGGGAAAUUGGGUACAGAUGAACUCUCAGCCAGAAGCCCAUAUCUUCUGUUUUGCUGAUGAUCAUGAUUCUUUAGGCUCCCUGCAUUCCACACUUUCCUACCCUGACAUUAAGUGAGACUGUAUUUCACUUUGGCUCAGAGUCUGAGACUGAAAGUUACUGAAGGAAAAUAGAUGACAACUGAGUGCUGGAUGGAGUUGAUGAGCCUCAGGACUGGGCUGUUCGGGCCAUAGCCUGCUCAUGGGGUUGCCUCCAGUGUGGCACAUUCGGGGGUUUCCCUGGACACAGAUCAUCUGCAACGUAUCUGAGUGGCGACUGGACCGGACAGCAUGAGAAGAGAGGGGCUGGUUAUUUAGGGAACAUGAGGUUCUCUGCAAGAGGCUUCAGGGCAGUAUAGAAUCGUGUUGAUAGUGAAGACUUCCAAGGGAUAAAGAGCCCUAACUUCUCUCAGGCUAUAGGGAUAAGUGUACAAAUCCCAAAUCCCUUAUUUGAAACCUCCAGGGACAGAUGUGUUUUGGACUUCAGAAUUUUUCAGAUUUUAGAAAGGGAUAUAGUGCCUUUAUUGUAUAUAAAGGAGUACUCCACUGAGGUUUAGGACAGUGCCCUAUAAUCAAACACAUCAAUAUUUCUGCAGCUAAAUGUAUGAAUAUUCACACCAAGUGAAAUACAUAAAUACUAUAGAUACCAUCGUGAUGUUUCAGGUCAGGUUUUUGGCCAAAGUUAUGAAAAAAACAUUGUUUCUUCAAAGAUUUUUUUAUUUUGGAAUUGUGGAUAAGGGAUUAUGCGCUUAGAAUUACUCUCAGGUUUUGUGAGGAGUAGGGGAUUGCUGGUAGUCUUCUGAACACAUCACAUGGUAGGUAUGUGUGUGCUCUCCAUCCAGACAAAAUACUAAUGUCCAAGGGUGUGGAUUUUUGGCUUGAAGAAAGUUCUUGCAAUGAACAAUGCACAACCUUGGACUCAGCUGCGCUGGGAAGCUGUGCACAACCAGGGAAUGAAGGUGCCUUAGACAAGAGGUUUCCUGUGGUGGGAAGGUGACAGAAUUCAUUGCUUGUGAACAUUGGCUGCAUAGGAUUUCCCUUUUUCGUGUACCAGAGGGGAGAGGCAAAAAGUGUGUGCGUGUGUAUGUGUGACACAAGACUGUCACACGUACAUUUCUUUAUAAUAAUGUUGUAAUAAAUAUCUUACUGCAUA